AUGAGAAACAAUAAAUCUGGUCCUAAGAUUGUUCAAAUUGAAACAAGAUAUGUCCAAACCGAUGCAGUGAACUUCAGAGACGUUGUUCAAAGCCUUACCGGAAAGAAUUCCUCGACCGACUGGAUAGGUCGAGGAAAUACUGUUGCGGCCUCGGCCGCAACCGCCGCAAGUGUUGAGAUCAAAGAAGGAAAUAUUAAGCCAGAGGAAGUGAUUGUUGAUAGAACUUCAACAACUUCAACAACUAAACUAAUGAUGAUGAGCAACAUGUCUUUCAAAGAGUUUGAAAGAUUAGUGUUAGAGUUGCCUCCCAUUCAAAUGGAAGAGAUGCUAUGGUUAUAG